AUUCUCACACAGCAUUAUGAGUGUCAAAGGAAUCAGACAGUUGAAGUCAAUUCGACUCUAUUUCUGUGAUUUUGGAGGUAGCUCCAGAGGAACCAGAGAUGUCCUUAAAUCGCAGUCUUUGGCAGACUUUGUCAAGAAAGGUAGCUUCAAUAUGGAUAUUUUUAUGAGGAGAGGACAUCAUCCAUACUUCAGCGCCACUUACAUUAAUGGCUUUGUAAAGGACAUCCCUUUGAGAAAUCUUGAGGAGGAAGAAAUUAUGCAAUUCUUUAAAUCUAGCUACAAUUCCUUCGGUAGAAGACCUCUGAAGCACAAUAUAAACGAAGUCUCGAAUGACAUCGAAACCAUCCAAGGGAAAUGGCAUGAUGAUAUCUGGAAAGCCUAUGAAAGCCAUGAGAUGGAAGACAGGAAAGUUUAUCCAGAACUGAACCUCACACAUCUUCCUGAUGUCCCAAGAAAAAAGAUCGACCGGAAGCCAUCCUUCUAUAUGAAACAAAGCAGGAAGAAGGACAAAAUUCCUUAUCCCAAAGAUUAG